AUGGAUGCGGAUAGAGAGGGCAACUCGUGGGCCUCCAAAGCUGAGGCAGAGGCUCAACAGCUGCGCCGUUUUGUCCAUGGCGUGGACCAUCACAUUCAUUUCACGCCGCCCCCUCUCCCACGUCUCGCGGCACUGAACGAUAAAACAGUGCCGCCCAGCUCUGUUCAAAUGCCUUUUGCACUCAUUACUUACGGCGAUGCGGCUAGGCGCGGUUCGCGCGACGACUCAGUCGCAGGGCAACGGUCGUAUCUCAAGGGCGCUGCAGUUCCGUCCGUGUCGACGCUGAACCGCGAACUGGACUCCCUCUCUCUCCAGUUUGCAGAAAUGUGCGGUGAUGGUAAUAGUGGCGUAGUAGUGGGCUCAUCGAUGUCAACAAGUACCCUCAAGCUUAGCAAUGAGCCGCGCCAAGCGUCAACCCCUGGAGUCUCACGCGUCACUCCGCAUGAUUAUCGCUGCCACUCCAACGCGCCGUUCACGCCUCCGCCUUUGGAGGUGCACGCCCCUCUUCAGGUAAAUAAGUCCCCCUGCGUAGCCGCAGAAAUCUCCGGCGAGAAGGACUGUGCCUCCCCGGUACCGAGAACGACAGUUAGUGCCGACGACGGUGCUAACACUGCCAGCUCCUUGCCUCUCAAGCGAGAGGACCGAACCGCCUCUGAACCGUCGACACGAUUCUCGAAUGCGGCGGGCGCUGCGAGGACAUCACCAGUGGGGAAUGGUCGCUGCAAGGGUAGAGACGGCCGCAUCACGGUUGUUGUGCGCAAGCGUCCUUUGGCACCCGGUGAAUGUGGUGUGGACUGCGUGCAAGUCGACAACGCGCACGUGCGCAUCGCUGUUACGAAGCAACGUGUGGACUUGACCAGCUACGAGGAGAACAGCGACUACGUCUUUGACGCCGCCUUCGGUGCGGAGGCGACGAACGAGGACGUCUACCUCAAUUCUGUGAAGGAGCUUCUCACCGUCAGCCUCUCUGGUGGCAGUGCCUCCUGCUUCGCCUACGGACAGACGGGCAGCGGCAAGACGUACACCAUGAUAGGGACGGAGACAGAGAAGGGUUUGUAUCUUCAGGCUGCGGCAGACCUCUUUGAGCGACUCAAACCAGGGCAACAGCUCUGCGUUUCCUUCUUCGAGAUCUACUGUAACGCGCUGUACGACCUGCUCAACCACCGACACCCCAUCAUCCUGCGCGAGGGUGCCAACCGGCGCGUGAAUAUCUGCGGUGUCAUGUGGCGCACCGUCGAAGGGGUCGAGGAGCUGUGGCAGCUUGUGCAGGCGGGAAUAGAGCAACGUCGCACCGGCACCACCACCGCAAACGAGCACUCCAGUCGCUCCCACGCGGUGCUCUCCCUUCACAUCAAAGACCGCGGAUGCGUCGACUUUACCGGCACCGUCAACUUUGUCGAUCUGGCCGGAAGCGAGCGGGCCGCCGAUACAGCCGCGCAUGACCGGCUGACGCGACUCGAGGGAGCGGAGAUUAACAAGUCCCUGCUGGCGCUCAAGGAGUGCAUUCGCGCGUUGGACGAGAAGAAGAAGCACGUCCCUUUUCGCGGCUCCCGUCUCACAGAGGUACUGCGUGACAGCUUUACCGGAAACAGCAAGACGGUCAUGAUCGCAGCGGUCUCUUCAAGCUCCUUGAAUCACGAGCACACCAACAACACGCUGCGGUACGCCUUCCGCGUCAAAGGGCUGAGCAUCGCCUCUGUGGAGCCGAGCAAAGCACGUAACGCCCCACGGCACCAUCAGCCGGUCUCUCGCAGUCGCUUAAGUGUACCUGCCGCCGCCGCGGCGAACGAGCCCACUUCGAUCUCAGCUGUGGCGGACUACGACAGCGAUAGCAAGCACACCGAUGGCCCAAGGUUCCCACGAAAGCCGCGCCGCACGCGAAAGCGACGGCACGACCGCAAGAAGACGCACCGGUCGAAGAGUAGAAUCGGCAUCGUCGACGCCAAUGCGAGCAUUGCCAUGAGCGACACGACGACGGAGUCACUGGAGACAGCCCUGCGAGGGGCGCAGAGGGCACAAGCGCGCCAGGUGCGGCGUAACUCGACGGGGUCUUCUAUCCCUCUGGCGCAUAAGAAAAUCUCUGCCUUGUUGCCCGACGCGACCGAGUUGCAGCCAUGGAGCCGUGAGAGGCGACGAACACCGAGGUCCAGUUCACCACUGCCGCAUGCUGGGCGCUCUAUCUACGGGUCCUCCGACUUCUUCCUGACAAGAGCGAGUGACAAAGAUGAGAAAUCGAGAGCGCUCGCGGAAGUUACUCUGCCGAAAGUGAAAGGCGCUACUCUUCGCCCCUCUCCGCUCACUCCCGUCGACGUAACGGCUCUGGAGCAGCGCCUCACACUUCAGAUCAUUGCACAGCUGAGGUUGGACCUUGGCCGGCAGCUGGAGCAGGUGCUCACAGAGAAGGACACUAUGAUUGCGGCGCUGCAGAGCGAGAACGUACGGCUGCGGCAGGCACUGACCAGUACACAUAAAGAUGAGCCGUGGUGCACCAGCUCAUCGUGCGAUGUGGAUGUCCGGCAGCGGCCUGGGCUUCUGCCGCCCCUCCCAUAUCCUUCCUCGCCGAGUAUCCUACAAGAGCAGCUGUCAUCCGGUGUCUCGACGGCCUCGGUCGUGGAGGAAACCCUCUUUCCAGUUUUACCCGAGUAA